AAACUCACACUUCGUCUUCUACAUCAAUUUAUAUAUAUAUAUAUAUAUAUUUUUUAACUUCGUAAUACACGGAGACGGAGUUGUUCUUAGUUUAUUCGUUACUGCAUCGAGAUUCAAACCUUUUUGUGUAAGUGAAGGCCAAAAGAGAAGGAAAAUCCAAAUUCUUGAGUUAGUUACUUCUCCAUGGCGGCGACCGUCGUAUCAAGUAUAUUUUCGGCCGCCUUUUCUCAAUUAUCUCAUCCAGACAUCAAGUUACCGUCCGAGAAACAACUCAAACGGAAUCUGAUUUUUAAGCGAGGCGCUGUUGCCUCAGAAAGGACUACAUCCACAACGACGUCGUUUCAGCGCGUUGUAGAGAACAAGAGUCGUCGUGCUGAAGCAGCUCAGAGAGUUGAGGUGGAAGAUCCAGAGGAGUGUGAAGGUUACGAAAAGAGUUUGAAAGAUUACUUUGAUGAGACAAGAGAUAUGAUUAGAUCUGCCGAUGGUCCGCCUCGCUGGUUCUCUCCGUUGGAGAGCCGGUCCCACACUCCUGAUUCUCCUCUCCUUAUGUAUUUACCUGGGAUGGAUGGUGUUGGACUUGGGCUUAUAAGGCAGCAUCACAGACUUGGAAAGAUUUUUGAUGUAUGGUGCUUGCAUAUUCCCGUUAAAGAUCGGACAUCAUUUACAGGUCUAGUGAAGCUGAUUGAAACCAGUGUACGUUCAGAAAAUAAGCGUUCACCAAAUAGACCCAUUUAUAUUGUUGGAGAAUCUCUUGGAGCAUGCCUUGCACUAGCAGUUGCAGCCCGAAAUCCCGAUAUUGAUCUUGUUCUAAUUUUGGCCAACCCAGCUACUUCUUUUAGCAAAUCAGCGCUGCAACCCGCAAUACCUUUGCUGGAACUCUUGCCUGGUGAAUUAACUCUUGGCCUUUCUUCUAUGCUGAGCUUAAUGACAGGUGAUCCCUUGAAGAUGGCCAUGGAUAAUGUGAUUAAAGGACUAUCUCAGCAACCAACACUUGAUAAGCUAUCACAGGAUAUUGUUGCAGUGUCCACUCACAUCUUGGUUCUCGCUGAUAUCUUGCCUAAAGAAACACUCCUCUGGAAGCUAGAGUUGCUUAAAUCAGCUGCCGCAUAUGCCAACGCACGCCUCCAAGCUGUAGAAGCUCCAAUACUGAUCCUUUGCAGUGGAAAGGAUCAGUUCCUGCCAAGUCAAGAAGAAGGCCAAAGACUCCGCCAUACUCUACCAAAAUGUCAGACCCGUAGAUUUAACGACAAUGGCCAUUUUCUCUUCUUGGAAGAUGGCAUUGAUCUGGUAACCAUCAUCAAGGGUGCUAGUUUCUAUCGCCGCAGAAAAAGCCUUGAUUAUGUUUCAGAUUUCAUCCCACCAACCACCACUGAAUUCAAUAAACUAAAGGAGGGUAGCAGAUGGCUGACUGUUGUUACCAGCCCGGUGAUGUUGACGACUUUAGAAGACGGGAAGAUUGUGAGGGGUCUUGCUGGAAUUCCUUCAGAGGGACCAGUCUUGUUUGUGGGAUAUCACAUGUUAUUAGGACUUGAUGUGAUUCCAAUGAUACCACAUUUUUUUAUGGAGAGGAAUAUCCUUCUGCGAGGCAUAGCACAUCCGAUGCUGUUCUAUAAGUCAAUAGAAGGAAAAUUACCAGACUUAGAAAAUUAUGAUGUAGUCAGAUUAAUGGGCGCAGUUCCUGUCUCAGCAACAAACUUCUUCAAAUUGAUGUCUUCAAAGUCCCAUGUUCUAUUAUACCCAGGAGGCGCGCGAGAAGCUGUUCAUCGCAAGGGUGAAGAAUAUAAAUUAUUCUGGCCAGAAGAGUCUGAGUUUGUCAGGAUGGCAGCUAGAUUUGGAGCAAAAAUUAUACCUUUCGGUACUAUUGGAGAAGACGAUCUUGCUCAAGUAGUUUUUGAUUACAAUGACCUAAUAAAAAUUCCUUACUUUAGAUCUCAAAUCGAAGAAAUGACAGAUGAGGCUGUGAAAGCAAGGCCUCAUGCAACAGGGGAAUUGGCAAACCAACCUGUGCACAUGCCGAUAUUGCUACCAAAAGUUCCUGGCAGGUUUUAUUAUUAUUUCGGGAAGCCAAUUGAAACACAAGGAAGGAAGCAAGAAUUAAAAGACAGAAAGAAGGCUCAUGAAUUGUAUUUAGAAGUGAAGUCUGAGGUGGAGAAAUGCCUUGCUUAUUUAAAGGAGAAAAGGGAGAAGGAUCCUUAUAGGGGUAUCGUGCCUCGGCUCCUUUACCAAGCUUCUCAUAGCUUUACUUCUGAAGUUCCCACAUUUGAGAUUUGAUUUAUUAUCUCUUUCAAAUUUGAGCUGUGAGAGAAGAGACUCCCAAGGAACAAAGAUAGCAUCAUUCAUAUCACAACUAGUGUAGCCAACUCUGUUUUCUUGGUUGGAGAAAGAAAUAGAUUGCCUACAAUUUUUGUCAUUCAGUGCUAGUCUUGCGACAAGACUACCAAAUUUUAUUGUUAGUUGCUUCAGCAAUCAUUUCCUAGGAAGGUCAUGUGAACAAUUAAUUUGGCAUGAUCUACUUCAUUCAAAAGACCCAAGUACAACAAUAGAAAAAAAUAAAUAUUUUGCUUAACAA